AUGAGGGUAUCAUACGCUGCAGUUAUUUUGCUCAUCAUAAAUUUCGUGGUGGCAUUGACAGGCGCAACCAGCGGAGCCUCUACUAGCCGGCUAAAGGAGGCAGAGUCCAUUCGCAGCGUGUCCAAUCGCUCUGCGCGCAUUGUAAACAAAGUAAUGGAGCCAGGAUCCGAGUUCAAAAUGUUUGCCCACUGCCUGUUCCCCAAGACAAUCGAAACGGUCGUUGACUACACGUGGUACAACAACCUGCCGGCCAGCGUCGGGUACAUAAGCCACAACGACCGCACAGGUGUAAUAGUGGUUUCAUUCCGCGGUUCGGCCGACACGCAGGACUGGGUACAAAACUCUGAGUUUCUAAUGGAUCCCUGGCCCGAGCACAUUCCCGGGUCCAUGGUCCACCACGGGUUUCUCACUGCAUACAAGUCAGUAUCGGAAACUGUGACUGCCCGGAUUACCAGGCUGAUUCGUCUGUAUCCAAAUUACAAGCUGGUAUUUACCGGCCACUCGCUGGGCGGCGCCGAAGCCGUCCUGUGUGCAGUCGAUGUUUUGCGCAUGGUUCCCGAGGUCAAGAGCAGAGUCCAUAUUUACACAUAUGGAAUGCCCCGCAUAGGCAAUAAUGCCUGGGCAGACAGCAUUGACGCGCUGGGCAUUCCGAUAUACCGUGUGGUCUAUGAAAGCGACCUGGUCCCUCAUAUACCGUUCCAGUGGCUGGGGUAUCAGCAUUUCUCGCAAGAAGUGUGGAUCCAUAAAAACCAGACCCACUUUUGCGGCAUGGAGCAAGAGUCACUCCUGUGCUCCGCCGGCACCCCCUACCUGGACUACAACAUCAAAGAUCACUCGCAGUACUCGGCCGCAGACUGGAAACAGCCAUAG